AUGGAUUUUUCGAAAAGGGAUACUCCCACGGAGCGUAGCGUAUAUCCGGCUCUCAACUUCGAUGACUGGUUGAAAGAUCAAGGAGUAAAGGCAGAGGAAUUACAAUAUGAAGAAGACGACUAUCUAGAAAUUAAAGGCGAGUUUGACGACAGCUAUGCCUCAAAUGAGAUGCUCUCUCAGGCAGGAGAGCAGUCCGGAAUCAAGAGCGAAGAAGAAGAAGAAGAAGAUGUUUUGACAUCUUCGACGCAAGCACAAGUACACUUCAAAGCACUGGAGGAGAACAGUAACCGUACAGAAAAUCCAAAUCUGAUACACGCACAUGGCCUGGCUCAACUAUCACAGGGGAACACUAUAUUCUCCACUCCGGACUAUUAUUCCACAGGAGCUGAUACGAAGCCGCUUGAAUCUGACUCGAAGAACGUAACACACCCAAUGGACCAUAUGCUAUUGAAGCGAGGGACACCAUUAUCGGAAACAUCGCAAAUAAACCAUACUUACCCUGGUCCCGUUAACCAGGCUGAAGAUACCAUGGACCUUUUUGGUUUGCCGAGCAUGACCACAUUUGGUGGCACCAUGAUGAGUACUGGUGGCUUUCGGCAUGUAAACCAGAACGAAAACUGGUUCAACACAGCGCGAUCCAACAACAACAUGAACAUGGGAGCGCCAUCUUCAAUGUCAAAUCCUCUCCCUUUGUCGAACUUUGCCGAGCACUCCAAUGUUCAUAAUUAUGUGAAUGUCUCGACGACGUCAAAUCUUCAGAGUCCACUCCAGUCAGCUCCUUCGCCACAACCCUUUCGAGUGGGUAAAGAGCAGUCCAGGCCCAACCCCAUAUCUCAAUACGGGGUGGGAGGUAACCUCACAUUCAACAGCCCAUCCUUGAAUAACACUGAGUAUCAGCAAAAUUGGCAUUACGGGACAUAUAGUUCUCCACAACCGCUACCAACAUCAGCGUAUGGACAAUGGACCAGACCUACGGCGCCAAUCACUGCACUGAGUCAAGGCCGCGACAUCAACCAGCCAUCUAUGUCAGAGACCAGAACUCCCAAACGUCAAAAAACCGAAAUGCCAAGCUAUAAGGCAGGACUAACGGAUUAUUCAAUGGAAAUACCACCCUCGAUGACAAAUAACGCAUUCAAGUCUCUUAAGAAAAUGAAGAAUUCAAAGCUAGUCCCCAUCCAAUCACAACAUAGCAUCAUGGGCAAGCCGCGGACCAUUCCGGUGGGCCCAUCUAAGGCAAGUGUGCUCAAACAAGGCCCUGAGCAGAUUACUAUUGGACAGGCAGCUAGAAUUCCUCAGAGAGGUGGAGGAACUGAUUACGAUGGGGCCGUCAACAUAUACAUCGACGACACGACGCCCUCAAUCAAGCUCAGUAAACGUUUCCGCAGGCACCGAAAGCGCGAGACAGAGCAAGGCAAACGCUUCGACGGUGAGGAGGACUUUACUUCGUUCAGUACCGACUCGUUCCAAUAUUCAGACGAGAACCUACCCCCCUUACUCGGCGUCAUCUGCUGUGAGCAUCAGAGCAAGAGCAGAUCUUCUGAUCUCCUGGAUUCCAGAGGAAAUCCCAUUAUAGGUCCUCGGGGUGUCCCGCUAACAGAUGUCCCAUUUCUUCCCCUCCGAAUUAGCCGCAAGGUAGAGAAGUGGUUGAUCGACUACUGGUUGGCGAAAGGAGCUCAACUGCACGACAUCAUCGUACGUACCCUACCCAGAAACGAACAAUUCGUGUUCUAUGAAAGAGACCACAAGUAUGAGAUUCGGAAGGACAGGAAUGGCGACAAUAUCCUUCGGACAAACUAUACACAGCGAGAGUGGGACCAAGCAGAGAAGGUCUGGGUCAAGAGAAUGUUCGACAUGGACAGGAAUGCACUGAGUAUGCGAGCGCAGCGGUUCAGAAAUAUAUGCGGCCGGAUAUCCUCUUCAAAGAAAGGGUCUAUGACUAAAAAAGCUGGGGAAGAGCUGCAGAAAGCGCUCAAGACUGGAACUCUCCAUCCAUUCCAGAUCUUGCUCGGAGUUUGCUGGAACUUACUUCUUGACGAAAAUGCAACGGAGAAUAAUCCUGAGAAAGAAGAUAAAUGGAUAAUAGCGCAGAUCGACGAUGCUAAGCGCACUUCUAUAUCGUACAGUCUCGAUGUGUCGCUUGGCGUGGAUGAAAGAAUGUACCAAGCGCUGCUUGCAUUGAGACGAAAAAUUCCGAGAAAAAGCGACUACGAUGCACUGAAGAAACUUUACUUUGACGGAAUCAAUCCAUACAAGCAGCAGCACAAACAUCUCGGCUGGCUUGACGUCGAUGUCAGCCUCCAGCCACAGCUACUCGAGGUCAUCAGAAGAUACGAAAACCUUCCAAAGCUUGAGUUCUUCUAUAGAGCACAUACACACCAUACUGAGGAACAAGAAGAUGGCGGGAAGAGGAAGAGAACGAUCAAAGAUGUCCAAGACCUUGAUAACGCGGAGAACCAACAAAACAACGAACGGAAGAACUUUGCUGAAAUUGAAGAUAUUAAAGAGAAAAAAAGAAUUCGAGCUAUGGGAGCGAUUCUAACAAAAGUCUGGCGUGAUACUUCUCGUGAGCUGAGUGAUGAGGAAGGUGCAGCUAUCACAACCAACAAUACUGCCCUUCCCGAUGGAGACAUCCCAUAUUCUUCAGAUGGAGAUCAAGAAGACUGCUCAGUCGAUGUCACAGACACACUUGCAACUCACAAUAUGACCAUGUCAAGGCGUAAGCAUUUACCUGCGGUAUACUAUUCGAGCCCGCCGCUGAGGUCUGCAGGUGGUCAGGACGUUCACUUUCUACUUACAUCUCCACGGGAAACAGAACAUUCCAUCAGUACUCAUGUCGACGAACUUGAGAUCACAGCUGGUACAGUAGUGGCAGCCGAGGCGACUUACAAUGAAUGGCAUGAGUUCCCAGCAAUGAACACAAUAGUUACCUAUCCGCAAAGCGAAAAUGAAUAUAACGGCGAACCCUCCUCUGUUUCCAUGCAGCACGAGUUUCCUCAACAAGCCCUCGAUCAGUACGGAAUCUUGGCAAAGGGGGCUAUACAAGCUCCUAUUUUUACAGAACUGAAUCCAAUAGACGAUAUGCGAGCAGAUUCAGCAAUGAGCACCCCAAAAAAUCCAGCGUACACGUCAAACGAUGCGGAAAAAUUUCAUUGGCAGACACUCUUGGGCUAUCAUCAUCCUGUUGAUCUGGUGGUUAGUGAUGAGCAAGAGAAUGAGAUAGACCCGGACUUUGACUUUGAUGAAUGGCUCAUGUCCGAUGCAAGGAACACUGAGUGCGAGGGCCAGGGAGACAUUAUAUUGCAAGGCAUCAUUUGGGCUCCCAACCCGACCAAGACAACACUCAGAGGUGGCCAAGGAGAUGAAGAUCAGGUUGGAGUUGAAGGGAAAUUGCAGGCUGAAAUCGGACUAGAACAACAAUACAUCCCAACAGAACAAAGUUUCUCAGACGAACAAACUAUCUCGGAUGACGAGACCAUCUUAGUGGCACAGAGCAGCUCGGAUGAACGGAACCAACCAGAAGAACGGGCUGAAACAUUAGAAUCGAUCGAGCAGCCACUAUACCAAGGUGGGGACGAAGAUCUGAUAAUAAUACCCACUCAGGCUGAGCUCGAUUCAGUUACGGAAGCCGAUAUUCAAUCGUACAGAGAUACGGCGAAUCUAUAUGAGCCAGGGACAUCAUACAUAUUACCAAGUUGUAGUGGCCCCGCCGUUGCGACCCGACGAGGAGUCGGUAUGACCAUUGAACAGUUCGAGGAGUUUCGGGAUAUCAUUUUCUACAAGCGAAUCGACGAUAGUCGGAGACAAGCCACCCAUCCCCACGAAGAACCUCGCAACUUCCCGCCGACGGAGGACUUCUUUCCCUCGUCUGACGAAGACUCCGCGGUAAGAGAUUCUUACGUGCUUCAAUCCUCUGUACCAACUUCGUUCGUACAAGAACGACGUGUUCUGAUCGGAGAAUAUGGGAACGGUGUGCCAAAGAUGGAAAGUGAGCUUCCGAGUUCUCCAUGCGCCAGGCGGGGCAUGGGACUAUUAAGUUAUGAAGAAGCAUAUACGAAGGAGCAACAAGCGGAGAUGGAGGACGAAACACAUACAGACAUUGAAGAUGAGACAUAUACGGAUGUGAAGAGCAAACUUCCAUCUUCGCCACCAGCUACAAACUGGGGUCGGAAAAGGCAUCCUGAGGCAGACAGAUAUCGUGAAGGAGAACAUCAUCCUAGAAAGCGCAGGCGUUCGGCCUAAUUGGAAGUUUGGCUCAAGCGGCGAGUAAGGGGUUUAUCGAGAAGUUGUAUUUCUAUGUGUACGCAGAGAACAGGGCAUCACCACUUUAAAUAUCCUUGUACAUAUCUUUCCAUUCAUGCAAACAGGUGGCUCAUAGGUAUGUUGUGUACGACUUCUGGCUCUGGCACCAACGUGGAGGUAUGCGAAAGCUCUGACCGUCACGCACAACGCGAAAUUCAGUCCCAAACGCAUACGACGCGGGAGUGUAUAGUCACAUUUUCGAUGCAGAGAAUAAGCCGGUGUCUGAACAAACUCAAGGCAGAACACGGCGUCCCCACAAGGGUGAGAAAUACAGAGAGGGCAAGAGUAAAGUGAGAUUGCAUUGUAAUUAGACCAACUCUCCACGCGAGACCAGAGUAGACGUGACUACCACUAUCGCCUUGUUAGAUUAUACGGCAGUAUUCGGAAAAGAAAAGAUACGCCUGCGCGCCUGCGUCAUGG